AUGGAUGAGCAUACAAUAUCCUUUAUUGGGACCUCAGCAACAGACUUUGCGACCGAGUGUGGAAUCAUUAUGCGCAAUUUUUGUCCGAUGAACUAUCACACAUGGGAAUCAGUACCGGAAGAUGCGAAAACCUUGAUGUAUGAGAAACUAGAAGGAAAAUUCAAGUUAUUGCGAACAAAUACCAUUUUUAUGGAGUAUGUGAAUGCUCGACUACAUGCCCAGUGGAAACGCACCCGAGGUAAAUGGAGUGAACAUUGGAAGAAGAACGGAGGGAAACCCAAUCUGCAGCUAGCAAGAUCUAAAAGGAAAUCUGAUUGCCCGAUUCAAGAAUGGAAUCAUUUGUGCGACUAUUGGGAGUUAGAAAAAACUAAGAAAUAUAGUGAUAAGAUGGAAGCUAAUAGAGCAAAACAAGUUAAUAUAAGCAGAGGGGGCUCUCGGUCGAUAGCCAAUCAUACAUUUCAAAUGAUAAAUCCCGAGACUCAGAUGCCGCCUAGCCCGUUAGAACUUUAUCACAAGCUGCAUUUCAAUGCCACGAAACAAGGAUGGCUAAAUGAAAAUUCACGUAUUGAAUAUGAAAACAUCAUUGCACAUAAGCAGGCAGCCUUGGAUGAAUUAAAUUCUAAAGGAAUAACAAUUACCACUACUAUGGAGCAUCAACUUGAUAAAGAAGCCAUAAAAAGUGUUUGUGGUAGGAAGAAAACAAUACAAUCAGCAUGGGAGGUUGGUGUUGGGCCCGUGUUGAGGAAAAAAGAUAGUUGGAUGAAAUCGGUAGCUGAAUCAUUUCAACGAGACUCAAGUGAGAACGAAAGUCUGAGAAAUAAGGUUAUUGCACUCGAGGCGAAACAGAAACGAGAUAAGGAGAAAUAUGAAAGAAUGUUUGAGUUCAUUGGCACAAAGUUUCCGGACUUUGAAAGCACAAUACCCAUAGAUGCAAGUGAUGAAGCUGUUAGUGAUAAUACAAUUUAGGUAGUUAGUUAUGAUGUUUAUUAUCUUUUUUUAUCUAGUACUCUUUUAAACUUUAGAACCGAUUAUUUGGUGUUAUUUUGCUUGGUUAUUGUUAUGAUAUUAGUGCUUGAAUGUAUUAGAAUUUUGGGAAG